GCGGAGCUGAGACGCGAGGAAGAGGCGCAAGUGAGGGAAGCGUGGAUGCGAGAAUUGGUUUUGGGAUGAACCCAGAAAGUCCGCUGGAGGCUUCUUGUGGACUGAAUGAAUUGUGGGUUUGGACAGCCCUAAGCACUCCCGGACUUCCCGUCAACGCGCCCGCAAAGUCCGCGAGUCUGCAAGUGCGGUGAAGUGCGGACAUUUGGAUUCAGCCGCAGAAGAAGAAGAGGAAGAAGAAGCAGCGGCAAGAAAGACAUGUGAGCGGGAGCUACAGUAGCUAUGUGGUAAAAAUGAUAGUUCUACAUGGAGUAAUAUAUUUAAUUUAUGCGUUGGAACUCUUUCAGAAAGGUCUAGCAGCUGUGAUAGAGACUCAGCAGACUGUGAUGGCAGCAGUGGGAGAAGAGGCUCUUUUACACUGUCAGCUGAUGCAACCUAAAGAUGUUCUUCAAGUCACAUGGCAGAAAAUUUUACCCGACAAGGAGCAGAAUAUCGCUACUUACACCGAAUACUUUGGUGAGAAAGUGAAUCCUGACUUUAGAGAUAAAGUGGAGUUUAAAUAUGCUGGACUGCAGAACUGUUCCAUAGUUAUCAGGAGGGUGACGGAGGAAGAUGAAGGAUGCUAUCACUGUUUGUUUAACACCUACCCUGACGGAGCUCUGACUGGUUCAACCUGCCUCCAACUCUAUGAGCUGCAUGAACCUGUUCUACAUGUCAGAGAAUCAAACUCUCCUGAAGAGGCAGUUGUGUCCUGCUCGGCCACAGGUCGACCUGCUCCCACAGUAACACUGACUGUCCCUCACUACAACUCUACCAGUGUCACCAACACCAACGCUACAGUCACUGUCACCGCCACAGCCGUGCUGCCCCGUCUCCAUGGCAACAGCGCACAGGUUGGAUGUGCAGUGCGAGUGCUCUCUGGUCCUCAGGUAGAGGUGUUUACCAUGAUUCCUGAGGUCACACUGUCGUCUGCUGAUGAUGUCACUUUGAUCACUGUGUUGGUCGUGGUGUCCUGUGUUUGUGUUGCUGCUGCAGUCAUCAUCAUCAUCCUGCUUAUAAGGAAACAUCAGAAAAGGCUGUCACACAGAGACUCUGAGGAGAAGAAGAAGCCACGAAGAAGAACCACAGACACUGAAGAGGACAGAACAAUUAUAGUCAUGCAGGACAUCCAGCAGGUCAGACAACGGACAACUUCUGAGAAAGAUCAGACAAGUGACCAGCCAACACCGCCAUCUCCAGCAACAAGAAAACUUACUUUUGAAUAAUGUCCUCUAAUAUGUCAGACAGAAUAACAUUCAAGACUGUAGUGGCAGUAGGCUACUCAGACUGUGAGACCUGAACAUACAGUAAGAAAGUGUUUUUAUAUUUUUAUACCAUUCCAUGUUUAUAUGAUCUUUUUAAUAGCAUUUGAUAAUCAUUUUCAGGUGUUUUCACAUUGUUUAAACAUUCAAAUUCACAUUUAAAUUGUGUUAAAUAUUUGACAGUGAGGUGAGUCACAUAUCCCUGAAGUGACCUUUAUCGGCUCCAAUUCAUGGUCAGGAGAUCAUAUCUUAAAUCAAAGUGUGUUUUUUUUUUAUAUUGGCUCCUCAACCAAGUACUCUGUGACGUGUGUAAUGUAAUGUAAAAGUAUUGUUUUACCUGUAUUAAUUGUUGUUCAGGUGCAUUUGUAAAACAAUACAGCUGUAUUUGUUUUAUCUUUGUUAAUUUCAUUUUAAAUAAAGUUGGUUUUUGUGA